CGGCGGGGCGGGCGCUCGGCGCCAUGGGGCGGCGGUGGCAGCUGGCGGCGGCGGGGCAGCUGGCGGGAACCUGCCCGGGCCAGGCGCGAUUCCUGCUGUGGAUGCUCCGCAACUCCCGAGGCGAGUGAGGGGCCCCGGGCGCAGGCGGUGGAGCCGGGGCCGGAGGAGGGGGCUCCGGAGCCGGGCGCCCCUGAGCCCGGCGCGCUGCAGCGGAGGCCCGUGCCGAGGGAGAGCAGCGGAAGGACAGGAGCGUGGGGCUGAAUGCCGGCUCGCCCUUUGCCUCCCUUUCCCCCUUGCCCCUGCGCUGCCCCCGCAGGGCCGUGUCUCGGCGCUGCCGGCAGCAGUGGCGAGCUGGCCGGGAAGCAGGGCCAGGUGUCCCUCGGGGGUUCAGGGAGAGGCGCCCGAGUCCAGCUCCGGCAGCAGGAGAGAAUGAGGCGGCUGCCAGGAGCGAGCCUCUUGUUGGGUCUGAAAUUUAUCUCAAAGCGUUUCUUCGUUCUAGCCUGAGAUCGUGUCAUUUUCUCACACUUAAAACGGGCAAAGAGCUUUACAAGGCAUUGGUGACCCUGAUCUGGUAGAAGAUUGUGCCUAUGUGGAGCUCUGUACAGAAUUCUGUAGGUGAUGAACGUGGAUUAGGAAGGAUAUGUCCUUACUGCUUCCAGUUCCUGGUUCCUGACAGCUACCGAGUGCGCCUCAAACCAAAGAUGAAAGUGACUCCACAGAUAGAGAAGGUUCUUAAACGAGAGGCAAAGAAUCAUAAGCUUAACAUGAAGCAGACGAAGCUUUUGAGAAAGUACAGGGAGUCAAGAAGCAUUCUGCUAGUUACUUGCAAAUCGUGCAACAAAACAACAAGAUACUAUGGUAAAAGCAGGGAUUUUCUGGCAGCCAAAACACAAAAUUGUGGCACUCCAGAUAUCAAAUCUAGCCUGAAGACACCCGGUGUAAAAAUUCAGUCUGCAAAGAAAAUGACACCUGUAAGCUGCAGUAGGUUGGGUUCUAAAGGGAACACUCCCUCAUCACUUUCCAGGACACGUGAAUCUGGACAGACAACAACCAACUCUGCUUCCAAGACUCCCCGAAAUUCCAAAUUUCACUUUUCUAAGCUAAAACGGAUGCUUGACCUAGAAGAAAGAGAGAAAAACCAGAAGGCAGAUUUCAAAACCUUCUUGACUUUACUUUAGUUAUAUAUUAUUUCAAAGUAAUAAAGAUUACAGCAAUAAA